ACCUCACGAGAGACAAUUCACUAUUGUUUGUUCAAUCCUAAAGUAUCGCGAGAUUGGUCAAGGAAAAAGUAAAAAAGUCGCAAAAAGACAUGCCGCUCACAAAAUGUGGCAAGCUCUACACGAUAUGAAUGAUCAAGCUCUCAAGAUUAAUUAUUGCAGACCAAGCACUUCAAGUUUAGCGGAUUAUACUGUGGAUCCUUCUGCAGAACGUCAAAGUCAAGAUACAUCUAGUUUGCCCGUUCAAUCAUUUAAAGAAACGGUAGAAGAAACAGGCGAACUUAAUGAACCAAGCACUUCAAUUACAAUGGGUUUUGAUACGAAUUCUACUGCAGAAUGUCAAAACCAAGAAUCAUCUAAGUUGCCCGUUCAAUCAUUUAAACAAACAAGAAAAGAAACAAGCGCACUUGAUAAACCAAGCACUUCAAGUGCAGCGGAUUAUAGUAUGGAUCCUACUGCAGAACGUCAAAGUGGAGAACUAUCUGGUUUGCCAGUUCAAUCACUUAAAGAAAUGGCAGAAGAAACAGGCGCACUUGAUAAACCAAGCACUUCAAGUUCAAUGGAUUAUAAUACAAAUUCCGCUGCAGAAUGUCAAAGUCAGGAAAUAGUUGAUUUAGAUCCCCAAACAUGUGAACAAUCGAGAAAAGGAACAAGGGCACGUGAUGGACCAAGCACUUCAAUUACAACGGGUUUUGAUACAAAUCCUACUGCAGAAUGUCAAAGUCAAGAAACGAUUGAUUUGGAUCCUCAAACAUGUGAACAAUCGCAAAAAGAAACAAGGGCACGUAUUGGACCAAGUACUUCAAGUUUAACGGAUAAUACUAUGGAUCCUUCUGCAGAACGUCAAAAUCAAGAUACAUCUGGUUUGCCUGUUCAAUCAUUUAAAGAAAAAACAGGCGCAUUUAAUGUCACUUUAAGUUCAACAAGUCACGAUAAGGAUCCCAAUCUAGAACGUCAAAUUCAGGAAAUAGUUGAUUUUGUUCUUCGAUCUGAACAAUCGAGAAAAGAAACAAGGGCACUUGAUGGACCAAACACCUCAAUUUCAAUGGGUAUUGAUACAAAUUCUGCUGCAGAAUGUCAAAUUCAAGAAUCACCUGGUUUGCCCGUUCAAUUAUUUGGACAAACGAGAAAAGAAAUAAGCGCAUUUGAUAAACCAAGCACUUCAAGUUCAGCGGAUUAUAGUAUGGAUCCUACUGCAGAACGUCAAAGUGGAGAACUAUCUGGUUUGCCAGUUCAAUCAUUUAAAAAAAUGGCAGAAGAAACAGGCGCACUUGAUAAACCAAGCACUUCAAGUUUAGCGGAUUAUAGUGUGGAUUCUUCUGCAGAACGUCAAAGUCAAGAUACAUCUAGUUUGCCCGUUCAAUCAUUUAAAGAAACGGCAGAAGAAACAGGCGCAUUUAAUGACACUUCAAUUACAACGGGUUUUGAUACAAAUCCUAAUGCAGUUUGUCAAAGUCAGGAAAAGGUUGAUUUGGAUCCUCAAACAUGUGAACGAUCGAAAAAAGAAAAAGCACAUAUUGGAACAGUUAUGACAUCGAUAAAAAAAUGGAGCAAGUUGUGGAAUUAUUUCGAGGAAUUAAAACGUUCGCUGUUGAAAUGCACGACAUGUAAAAAAGAAAUUAAGGUAUCUCAUCAAACAAAUUGCACAAAAAAAAUGAGAGCCCACUUAUUUAAUGUACAUGGAAUUUCUCUCGAUGAUGAUACUCUCACACUACCUGACGACUUAAAACAUUACUACUCGAAGUUACCGGGAUAUAAGGCAAAAUGUAAAGAUUGUGGUAAAACAGUGUCUUUUUUAACAAAUGUGGCAACUUUACGAGUACAUUUAAGAAAAAGACAUUCCAUAAAAAUCCAGAGUCAAAAUAAACCAAGCACUUCAAGUUUAGCGGAUAAUGGUAUGGAUCCUUCUGCAGAACGUCAAAGUCAAGAUACGUCUGGUUUGCCCGUUCAAUCAUUUAAAGAAACGGCAGAAGAAACAGGCAAACUUAAUGAACCAAGCACUUCGAGUUUAGCGGAUUAUAGUGUGGAUCCUAUUGCAGAACGUCAAAGUGAAGAACUAUCUAAUUUGCCCGUUCAAUCAUUUAAAGAAACGACAGAAAAAACAGGCACACUUGAUGAACCAAGCACUUCAAGUUCAUGGGAUUAUAACACAAAUUUUGCUGCAGAAUGUCAAAGUCAGGAAAUAGUUGAUUUAGAUCUCCAAACAUGUGAACACUCGAGAAAAGGAACAAGGGCACGUGAUGGAAAAGUUACGGCACCGAGAAGAAAAUGCAGCAAGUUGUGGAAUUAUUUCGAGGAAUUGAAACCUUCGCUGGUGAAGUGCACAACCUGUAAAAAAAAAAUUGAGAUAUAUGGACUAACAAACCGCAUAAAAACAAUGAGAAGACACUUAUUAAAUAAACAUAGAAUAUUUCUCGAUGAUGACACUCUCACACUACCUGACGACUUAAAACAAUAUUACUCGGAGUUACCGGGAUAUAAGGCAAAAUGUAAAAAUUGUGGCAAAACAUUGUCUUUUUUAACAAAUACGGGAUAUUUACGAAAACAUUUAAGAAAACAUUCCAUAAGAAUUCUGAGUCGAGAUGAAAAGGGAUCAAGAAAAAAACGCAGCAAAUUUUGGAAUUAUUUCGAGGAAUUGAAACCUUCGCUGGUGAAGUGCACGACCUGUAAAAAAGAAAUUAAGGUACUUCAUCUAAAAGAACGCACAAGAAUAAUGAGAGUACACUUAUUAAAUAAACAUGGAAUAUUUCUCGAUGAUGACACUGUCACACUACCUGACGACUUAAGGCAAUAUUACUCAGUGUUACCGGGAUAUAAGGCAAAAUGUAAAAAAUGUGGCAAAACAGUGUCUUUCUUAAAACAUAUGCGAAAUUUACAAGAACAUUUAAGAAGGAGACAUUCCAUAAGAAUCCAAAGUCGAAAUAAAUCAAGCACUUUAAGUUUAGCGGAUAAUGGUAUGGAUCUUUCUGCAGAACGUCAAAGUCAAGAUAUAUCUGGCUUGCCCGUUCAAUCAUUUAAAGAAACGACAGAAAAAAUAGGCGUUCUUAACGAAUCAAGCACUGCAAAUUCAAUGGAUUGCAAUAUGAAUCCUUCUGCAGAACGUCAAAGUCAGAAAACAGUUGACUUGGGUCCUCAAACGUGUGAACAAUCGAGAAAGGAAACAAGGGCAUGUGAUAGGUCAGUCAUAAUGGCACCGAAGAGAAAACGCAGCUUGUUGUGGAAUUAUUUCGAGCAAUUGAAACCUUCGCUGGUAAAGUGCGCAAUUUGUAAAAUGGAAAUUUAUAUGCCUCAUCCAUCGAACAACACAGCAAUAAUGAUAGGACACUUAAAUAGACAUGGAAUAUUUUUCAAUAAUGACACAUAUACACUACCUGACGACUUGAGAGAAUAUUACUCGGAGUUACCGGGAUAUAACGCAAAAUGUAAUGAUUGCAGUAAAACAAUGUCCUUCUUAACAAAUAUUGUACGUUUACGAAAACAUUUAAGAAGACAUUCCACAAGAAUCCUGAGUCGAGAUGAGUAAGUACACAUUCAAAAAAUUAUUAAAAUUAUUAGACUAUAAAAUAAAUGCAAUAAAAC